AGCCGCUCACUGCAUGGUAGAGUGUGGUGCCGCCGCCGCCUGCCGCCUCGCCGCCGCCGCCUGCCCUGCGUCCGCCGCCGCCGCCUGUGUCGCCGCCGCCUCGGGACCGGCUGUAUGAUUAGGCCACAAUCUUCAAUGAGUAAACAUAUUCCUCAGUUCUGUGGUGUUCUUGGUCACACAUUUAUGGAGUUUCUGAAGGGCAGUGGAGAUUACUGCCAGGCACAGCACGACCUCUAUGCAGACAAGUGAACUGUAAAAAUUUAAUACUACUCCACCAAGAAGUCCCAGUAGAAGUGGUUAACCUGGACACAGAAGGAUUGAAUUGAAAUCUACAGAGCAUUUUAGAAGAGUUCUGACCUGGAUGGGGUAAACCUCAGUGCACUUCCUUCCUGUUGCCUCAGUAUUACUGGAUUGAAGAAUUGCUGCUUCUUGUUAGGAGGUUCAUUUCAUUUCCCAUUACUUCCAACUUCAUACUCAAAGCACUGAGAAUCGCAAGUGGAGGAUAGUGAAGUAGACUUCAGUUUCUUUACGGAAUUUCUGUAUUCAGGUGUUUGUUUUUUUUUUUUUUUUUUUUUUAAUUUCAAUACCCUAGUAAGUGUUUUUUUUUUUAAGUAAAUUAACAUGGCUCGAAUGAACCGUCCUGCUCCUGUGGAAGUCACAUACAAGAACAUGAGAUUUCUUAUUACACAUAAUCCAACCAAUGCAACAUUGAACAAAUUCAUUGAGGAACUUAAGAAAUAUGGAGUUACCACAAUCGUACGAGUGUGUGAAGCGACUUAUGACACUACUCUUGUGGAAAAAGAAGGCAUCCAUGUUCUUGAUUGGCCUUUUGAUGAUGGUGCACCACCGUCCAAUCAGAUUGUUGAUGACUGGUUAAGUCUUGUGAAGAUUAAAUUUCGUGAAGAACCUGGUUGUUGUAUUGCUGUUCAUUGCGUUGCAGGCCUUGGAAGAGCUCCCGUGCUUGUUGCGUUAGCAUUGAUUGAAGGUGGAAUGAAGUAUGAGGAUGCAGUACAGUUCAUAAGACACGGCGUGGAGCUUUUAACAGCAAGCAACUUUUGUAUCUGGAAAAAUACCGUCCUAAGAUGCGGCUGCGCUUCAAAGAUUCCAAUGGUCAUAGAAACAACUGUUGCAUUCAAUAAAACUGGGGUGCCUAAUGCUGUUGCCUUGGAAAUAAAAGAGACGGGAUCUAAUUUGACAUACAUACUAGCCAACAUUUUGGCUAGGUGAAUAAGUUUAAUGAUGCUUCCUAAGGGUAAUGGAAUCAGUUUAGCAGGCCACAAGUUUGACAGAAUUGCAGCCUCUGUUUGGAUCAUAGCCAACCUGUUUGGACAUUUAGCAAAAGAUUCUUGCUGUUUAGCAUUUAAAAUGUGCUUAUCAUUUGUACCAGUUGACCUUUCCUGAAAUCAUGCAGUACUGAGUUGUACCCUAAGUCUGUCCCAUGCCAGAAUUUUAUCAGUACACAAGAAAUUUAGAAAAUUUAGGUGCCAAAAUACCCAGCACAAUACUUGUAUAUUUACUAUCAUACAGAAUUAAAAUCCCAUGAACUAUGAACUCUUGACCUUAUGUGGUUUCUUCCUUUAGUCAUUUCAGACAUGGAAAGUAGGGACUAUCUGGUUAUUUGCUUGCUUUUACUUUAUGUCUCCCACAUUCAUACCAGUGUACAUCAGGUUUGCUUAACCAUUGAUUUUUUUUUUUUUUUUACCAAUUAUUAUUUAAUAUGUUUCUAUAAAUUUAUUUUUUGCUAUGAAUAGGAAACCUCCAUUUGGAAAAUCUACAUUGUACAGAAGCACAUGUCUUUAAAGUCUUCAGACAAAAAAAAAGCCUUACAGUUAAUUUAAUGUUUGCACUCAGAGGUGCAGCUUAACAGGGAGGGCCUGAAAAAAAAAAAAAGAAUGGGAGGGGGCUAUUAACUAUUUUUUAGUAAAACGUUGCCUUUGUCUUGUGCAGAACAUGUAGAAUAUGCUCUUUAAGUUAGUAAAUAUUUUUUUAAGAGGUAGAGAUGCUUUGUUGUAGCUUAAAAUUCUUAAUCAUAAAAUUUCUGAAAUUCCUGUAAUUUUUCCAUACUUAUCAAAAGUUGUUUACCAACUUAUUUUGUUUGAAGUGUGAUUUUUUUUUUCUUCCCAACCUCUUGGCAAAAAAAAAAAAAAGUGGGUUUCUGCUUAUGGUUUGAGCAGACAUCUAAUAUUUUAUAUGCCUUUUGAGCUGUGUAACUUAAUAUUUGAAUACUUGAUAAUUUGUUUUAUUAUGUAAUUGAUAAAAUGGUGAUGUGUAUUAAUGUUAGUUCAACCAUAUAUUUAUACUGUCUGGGAAUGUGUGGUUAUAGUUCUGUGGGAGAAAUAAUUUCAGUGUUCACCAGCUUGUAAAAACUUAGUGCGAGAGCUUAAGCAUCUAAAUAAAUAAUGAAAUGCAUUUAUCAUUGAGAUUGUUUUGCUUAAAUUUAACUUAUUUUGCAGAUAAAAUGAAUUGCACUUUGCUUAAUGCCAUUCAAUGUAACGUGUCCUCACAAUUUUUCUUUAACAAAUGAAGAAUCAAAUGAAGUGAGCAUUUUACCAAGCUUGUAGACAAAACCUAGUGCGCACUGUUAAAUACUAAAAAUGCUAUUUAUUAUAAGCUUUUUAAGGGUAUAGAUAAUUUUGAAUCAGUGUGUACUGAAGAGCAUAAUAAAGGAAAGCCUUGAUUUUUUUUUUUUAAAGCUCACUUGCAUUGCUAAUGGUGUUACAACCUCUGGACCUCAGUUUAUUCAGUUACAAAUUAAUAUUUUAGAUUUUUUGAUUGAUUUGAAUUUUUAUUUGACCCAUAAAUACUGAAUACUAAGUUUCAGUCAUUUAACAUGUACUUUCUCGUUAAAGCAGAUAGUUAGCAAAUACCAGUUUAAAAGUGUAGAAGACAAAAUUGAAGUCAGAAGUGGUCCUCUACCUUGGAGUUCUAAGGAAUUUACUAUCAUGCCAGUUCAGUUAGGACUUGGUAUAUUCCAUCCUUGAAAUUUUCCAGUGCAAGGAUAGAACCCUGGAGAUCCUUGAGUAUUUUAAGUCUUUGUGAAAGAUCAUUGAGUUUAAUAAAUUAUACACCAUUCAGUAAUCCAUAAAACAACAUUUAUUGAAAGGGGAGAUGCCAUCAUGAUUAAUGAAAAAUAUCUCAAGUUUGGAAGGCUGAGUUAAUUGACAGUGUUGGUUUUAUAUGGUGCUAAAAAUCAAUUUACUUUAUAAACCUUAUCUGUACAAUAUAUAACAUGAAAUUUGCUUUUUAUUCAAAUAUUUUGUAUCUUGUAAAUAUGGCUGACAUCAGGAAUAUCUACAAUAUUAAUACAUCCUGAAGAAUUCCUUUUAUUUAACAAGAAUUGAAGGAAUUAUGAGUUGAGUUCCUAAAUACAAGUUAACAGAUGUUUUUCCAAAGUUUGACCAACGGGUUUGUAUACCCUGAUGAAGAUGUAAAUAACUAGUUGUCUAGGCUUGUCUUUAGAAACCAUGUGACUGGUGUAAUUAAUGACGUUGCUGAAUUAUAGCAAGAGAAUAGAAUCUUUUCUGGAAAGAACCCUAGAAGUAGGUGCCAUUGGUAAUUCCACAGUGCACUGCAUUGUAAUUGAUCUUUGUUGCUCCUUGGGCAGUGCUGUCCCAUUUCCACGCGUGUACCCCACUCUAUACUUAACAGCGGCCUGAGUGGGCAUGAAGUCACCUACUUGCAUCCUCCAGAGCAAGGAGGCUGUAGAAUCUCAGAUCUGCUGUUUGCCAGGGUCACAAGCAUUGCAGAGGACAUGAGAGUACCCCAGUCUCCCAGAACCACGCCCCUACCCAAGAGAUUGCUUUUUUAAGGAGUUUCAGGAAAUAUAAUUUAGACUGCUUUGAAGGGACGGUGGAUUUUAAUAUGUAAACAGUGAAGGUCUUUUAAAUUAAGUUACACAUGUAUCUGCUAAACAUGUUUAUACUCUGAUGAUCCCUUGAAUUAAUGUUUGUGUAUAUAUAUAUAUAUAUAUAUAUAUGUGCCUCUCCUUACAUCUGAAUCGAAAAUUAAAGAUUGGUUUAAAAGUGCUUGA